AUGGGCUCCAGCCCGCUCACUGGGGCCUCGCCGCCCUCCUUCAUGCAGGGAUUAUGCCGGGACCCGUAUUGCCUGAGCUACCACAGCGCCUCGCACCUGGGCUCCAGCAACUGCUCCAGCUGCGUGCACGACCCCGGCAGCCUGAAGAGCGGAUACCCCUUGGUGUACCCCACGCACCCCCUGCACUCGGUGCACACCACGCUCUCCUCCAGCGGCACCCCCAGCCUGCCCGGCCACCCCCUCUACACCUACGGCUUCAUGCUGCAGAACGACCCCCUGCCCCACAUAUGCAACUGGGUGUCUGCCAGCGGACCCUGCGACAAGAGGUUUGCCACCUCGGAGGAGCUGCUCACCCACCUACGGACCCACACGGCCCUGCCGGGGGCGGAAAAACUCUUGGCGGGUUAUCCUACCUCCGGGCUGGGCUCCGCAGCCUCCUGCCACCUCCACCUCCCGCCCGCCGCCCCCGGGAGCCCCAACACGUUACCCGCCUCCCUCUCCUUGAGGAGCCCACACACUUUGGGACUAAACAGGUACCACCCCUACGGCAAGAGCCAUUUGGCCACAAAAAAUGUGCGAGGUUUCAAACCUCUCCGGGAGGCAAAAGUCACCUAA